GAACUGCCCUUUCGUCUUGACUCUUGUCUCGGUUCCUACUCAUUGACUGAUCUACCCUAGAGAUCCAGGUGUAUUUGUUGGGAGCGUAUUCCCAAGGCGAGUAGAUUGUCAAGUAUCAAUUAGCGACUCAUAUCCCGCAAGAAUGCAGCAAACCGAACAUCCGCACGCCGAAAUUGAGGCAGAUGAUGGAAUAUCAACAGGUGAUCUUUUCGAAGACUCAUCGGUGGCUUCACUGAGAUCAAGCAUUUUGGAGCAUGAGGUUGAGAAUGGCCGUACAUAUCACUCCAUGAGCUCCGGGAGUACGUAUUUUUUGCCAAUGAGCUCGAAAUAUCAUCACCGUAUUGACUAUGCUCUUGUCAGAAUACCAAUACCCGAAUGAUGAGGUGAGUACAUCCCUUCAGAGUAACCAAUCUGGCGUACUUUCGCAACGCUGCAAUAGCAGAACAAGUUCACUGACAAAUAAAUCAGAAAGAGAAUGAUCGUCUAGGUAAUUCCAAGCACACAUGCCUAUCCUGAGCCAUGCGCUGCCAAGUCUUCUACUUAGCCACGAUGCUGAUCGAUGUAGAUUUCCAACAUCAUAUCUGGAAACUCACCUUAGGAGGAGCACUCGCAACUGCCCCUGUUGUUGUUGUUGUUGUUGUUGUUGUUGUAUUUAACGCCGUGGCGGCCGGGCUAGAGCCCUUACCGCAGACCUCCCGAAGG